UCCUUCUUCUGUAGCCACUGCCGAAAACGCGAGCUUUCUUCUCUGAAAACUCUAGAAACCACCGGAAGGAACCAUGGCAGAAGCAGGAGCAGCACCAGCAUCCACAGCUCCGGAGAGAGGAGGAUUCCGCCGUGGUUUUGGCGGUGGACGUGGUGGACGCGGCGGUCGUCGCCGUGCGAGGAAGGACGAGGAGGAGAAGUGGGUUCCCGUGACGAAGCUCGGCCGUCUUGUCCGAGAGGGAAAAAUCCGUUCUAUUGAGCAGAUCUAUCUCCAUUCUCUCCCCAUCAAGGAGUACCAGAUCGUUGAUCUCCUCAUCGGUCCCUCUCUGAAAGACGAGGUGAUGAAGAUCACGCCUGUUCAGAAGCAGACUCGGGCGGGUCAGAGAACCCGUUUCAAGGCCUUCGUCGUCGUGGGAGACGGGAACGGUCACGUGGGUCUCGGCGUGAAGUGCGCGAAGGAGGUCGCGACCGCGAUUCGUGGCGCGAUCGUAUUGGCUAAGCUCUCCGUGAUUCCUGUGAGGAGAGGGUACUGGGGAAACAAGAUUGGAAAACCUCACACCGUACCCUGCAAGGUCACCGGAAAAUGCGGGUCGGUGACGGUUAGGAUGGUUCCGGCGCCGAGAGGAGCCGGAAUUGUCGCUGCUAGGGUUCCGAAGAAGGUUCUUCAGUUCGCUGGGAUCGAUGACGUGUUUACAUCUUCCAGAGGAUCCACGAAAACCCUUGGAAAUUUUGUCAAGGCAACCUUUGAAUGUCUGAUGAAAACGUACGGGUUCUUGACACCCGAAUUCUGGAAAGAGACUCGUUUCACAAAGUCGCCCGUGCAAGAAUACACCGACUUGUUGGCUAAACCCAUCUCCAAAGCUAUCAUCCACGAGGACCUCGACAACGUCCCACCCUCCUAAAUCCUCUGAUAUCAUCCGUUCUAGUUUUGUUUUCAGUAUCCCCUUUUCUUCUUUUGUCCAAUUUGUCACUUUGAUCCGUUUUGGUAUUGGAUCUGUUUCACAUUGCAUGGGUUUUCUUUUCCCUCACUGGAUAUGGUCAUUCAUGUCAAGAUUUAGGCGAGUGUUCUUGGUUCA